AUGGUGCAGUAUAUCCACACGCCCUGGCGGGACCGCGGCGAGCUGCUGCGUGUUCGUCGGCAGUUUUACCCAGCUGGAACUGGCAGUACAGCCGAUUCCCGUGACGAGGAGCAUGGUGGUGGUGAGAAAAGGAGAGCCGAGGAGGCCGCGAAGCAGCACGCCGUGUCGCGCGUCUCCAUGUGGAUGCAGCGCGGCGGCUGUCCCCACUUGGUCGAGUCUACCGCCCUGCUCGUCGCCGCCCUCCUGAGCGACGUCCGCGAGACAAGGGCUACUUCGUCGUACGCUAUUCGCGCCGCGUACGCCGCGGCUUUUAGUCGCUUUGUAACCGGCCUGCUAGACAGCCAGCAGGACAAGCAGCGCAAGAUGAGCAUGUACUCGAUCGCCAAAACGAUCGGGUUGCCGGCGACUUUUGUCGAGCUGCGGCACCAAGCUACGCAUGAGCAGCUGCCUUCUCUAUCGAAGCUCAGGACUGCGGCGAAGAAGGCGCUGGCCUGGAUAUGGGACUACUACUGGAAGAAUCUGCCGGGCGAGGACGGCAGCGCUGGUGAAGAUGAGCCGAAUGCCUGCCGGGGUUUAUUAUUAAGGUAUCUGGAUGAGGACUCGACGGUACAAGCGAAGACGCUGCAGAAGCAGUUAAAGCAGUGGGACGAGACAAUCGUGCUGCAGAACUUGGCCGAAAUUGAGGAUUCGUCCGAGGACCCCAAGAUCAUCUCCCGGUGUCUACGGUUGUCGCAGGCUAUACUCGACGGAGACUUUACGUCUUCGUCGAUUGUGAAGAAAGACGCGGAAAAUGUGGCUGCUGCGAGGACGUUGGGUGACGUUAAGGCCGAUAUACAGGCGUUGGAUGAGGAGCUCGAGGCGGUAGAGGGUGUUGGUAGCAAACCUGAAGCUGUUGAAAUACCUAUACAGAUGCCGUCGAGUCAGCUUGCCUUCACCCGCAAAAUGCAGAUCCAAUCAAUUCCUAUGUGGACGGGGACGAGCGACAACUACGCCUAUCUUCUCGUCGAUGACAAGUCCAAAGACGCCGUCAUUAUCGACCCCGCGCAUCCCGAAGAGGUUACGCCCGUCUUGAAGAAGGCUAUUCAGGAUGGCAAGAUCAAUCUUACAGCUAUUGUUAACACGCACCACCAUUGGGACCAUGCGGGUGGAAACGAUAAGCUUAAAAGUGAUCUAGGCACUCCAAAUCUCCCUAUCAUCGGGGGUAAGGACUGCCAGAACGUCACACAGACCCCUGAGAACGGCAAGGUAUUCAAGCUCGGGAGUAUUGAUAUCAAAGGCCUUUACACGCCGUGCCACACGCAGGACAGCAUCUGCUGGUAUGUAAAGGACGGUGACGAUAAGGCCGUCUUCACCGGAGAUACCCUAUUCCACGCAGGUUGCGGAAGGUUCUUUGAAGGUAAUGCCGAGGAGAUGCAUACGGCCCUGAACAAGACGCUGGCUUCCCUCCCGGAUGAUACCAAAGUCUACCCCGGUCACGAGUAUACCAAGUCGAACGUCAAAUUCGGCGUCUCGGUUCUGCAGAACGAGGCUAUCAAGAAACUACAGGCGUUCGCGGAGAGCAAUAAGGAAACGCAAGGGAAAUUUACAAUCGGCGACGAGAAGCUGCACAACGUGUUCAUGCGAGUAGAGGAUCCCGAGGUCCAGAAGGCUACCGGCAAGACGGAUCCCGUGGAGGUUAUGGAUCAGCUGCGGACUAUGAAGAAUAACUUCAAACCACCACCCGAUAGUAAGAUCUAA